GCAAAUAUCAUUAAAAUAAUGCUAGUUUUCAUAAACUAGUCGGUCCAUCUCUAACUCUUCAUGCUUUCGAGGCCUUCAUUCUCUGCACCAUUUGAUUGUGCUCACUCCUUCAACCAGAAAUUAAAUUGCAGAUAUUCAUCCUGAUUUCUGGUUUACUUUCUUGAAAUUGACAUCAAGAAAAACAUGAAAGAUUUUCGGAGGAUUUAAGAUUGAGAGAGAGGUGUAAGAAGUAAGUGAUGAGAUCCAUAGAGGAUAAAGGGUGCUUGACACAAGAAGCUGCAGCUGGUGGUGCUAGUUGUAUGAGCUUCGAGUUCAAGAGCAACGGCCUCACACUCACUCGUAGCGCUUCCCACCAUCAUCGAACGUCCUUAGGAAAGCCCACUCCAUCGAAAUGGGACGACGCCCAGAAGUGGCUCGUCAAUCUCUCCAGAGGGGAGAAGAAUCCCACCAAGGCCUCUCCACGGAACUCCAAUGCCGAUGACCGGAGACUGAUAGCCCCUCCCGUUCCCAAGAAGGACUACCCGAGCGAGGAUGAGGAGGACGAGGAGGGGGCGAACGCCUCGAGUGGCGUUGAUCAGUUUGAUGUGGAGACGAAGAAUGUGGACUGUGAUGAGUCUGUGUGGAGGAUCAAUAGGCCUGCUAGUAGUUGCAAAUCGGUCGUUAGGUCGAUUUGUGUGAGGGAUAUGGGGACCGAGAUGACGCCCAUGGCGAGCCAGGAGCCGUCUAGGACAGCCACCCCGAUCAGGGCCACCACCCCGGCUGCAAGAAGCCCUGUUUCUUCAGGGACCUCGACUCCGGCCAGGGGCCAGAAUGGGGUGAUGGCGGUUGAGAAUGGCCAGCCCGUUGCAUCUCCCGUUGACAGGAGAGGAGAAGGGCUUGAUGGCGUGGACGUGCUGGAAAAUAAAACGGAUGAUCAGUCUAGUAAGACGAAUCCUCUGGAAACCCGAGCAGCGGCUUGGGAUGAGGCCGAACGUGCCAAAUACAUGGCAAGGUUCAAACGGGAAGAAGUGAAGAUUCAAGCAUGGGAAAAUCAUCAGAAGAGGAAAGCCGAAAUGCAGAUGAGGAAAGUCGAGGUGAAAGCCGAGAGGCUGAAGUCUCGAGCACAGGAGAAGUGCACAAACAAGUUGGCAGCAACUCGAAGGAUAGCGGAGGAGAAACGUGCCAAUGCUGAGGCAGAUUUGAACGAGAAGGCCGUGAAGACUUCUCAACGGGCGGACUAUAUAAGGAGGACGGGACAUCUCCCGUCUUCGUUCUCGUUCACGUUCAAGCUGCCUUCGUUGUGCUGGUAGCACAAGUCACCAUUUGUAUGUACUUGGCACUAUAAAAAGUGUACUUAAUACUAUAAAACUGUCUGUUUUCUAUGGAUAUUGCACCAAGUUCAAUAUGUUGUGGUUUGGUGUAUGAUUUUUAUUUUUA